UGUCUCUGUCAGGGGAGGGGACUUACGUGGGACAUACAUUGGAGCAUCCUUUUCCUUUUUCUAUGUUUGACACAUGUCUUGGACUGUGAGGAUUAUUGUGACCUGGAGAAUAUUGGCAGCAUCAUGAAAAGGCUUCCUGUUUUGCUGAAUGUCUGGGAGAGGCAUCAUCAUAACCAUCCUCAGGAUUUGUGACUGUGUGGAUUUGGAGGAGCUGGAAUGAAAGACGGGAGAGGUUUGAUGGAAGAUAAAUAAAAAAAAAAAAAGAGACAACUAAAAACAAGAAGUAGCAGAGAAGAAAACUUGACUGGAUUGGGGAGCAAAGGCAGGAGAGAUUGUUGAGGAAGGAAGGGUGACAAGAGGAGGCGUGGCAGCGGGGAGAGAGGAGAGGAGAGUGGAUGCAACACACACCCUGAGAUGCUGUGCUGGCUCAGAGAAGACGAGAUGUCGGUCCAGGAGCUGCUACAGAGGGUGCAGUGUGUCAUCACUCAUGUUGAUGAGAUCAUGCAGCAGGAGAUCAGGCCCCUGCUGGCCAUGGACAUCAUAGAGCAGCUCCAUCGCCAGUUUGCCUUGCUCUCAGGAGGGCGAGGGAAAGAUGGUGCCCCCAUCAUCACCUUCCCAGAAUACUCAGGCUUCAGUGAAGUGCCAGAGGAAGACUUCCAUAAUGUAGUUACUUACCUGACCAGCAUCCCCAGUUUGGAUGCUGCCAGUAUCGGCUUCAUCAUCAUCAUCGACCGGCGGAAGGACAAAUGGAGCUCAGUAAAGGCCUCUCUGUCAAGGAUCGCUGGAGCAUUUCCAGGAAACCUGCAGCUGGUGCUGGUGCUGCGACCCUCCAGGUUCUUCCAAAGGGCCAUAGCAGACAUCGGGAUCAAGCUGCACAAGGAUGACUUUAAAAUGAAGAUUAUGAUGCUGAACUCUCUGUCGGACCUACAAGGUUAUGUGGAUAAAGGCCAGCUGACCCGGGAGCUCGGAGGAAGCCUGGAGUACUGUCACAGUCAGUGGAUACAUCACCGAACUGCCAUAGAGAACUUUGCAAUGACAGUGAAAACCACAGCCCAGAUUUUACAGAGGUUUGGGACAGACCUGGCAGAAACGGAGCUGCCCAACGACGUCCAGUGCACCAAAGAUCUGCUCACAGCACACACGGAUAAACACGACAACCUCAAGGAUGAACUGAAGCUUGCUUUGAAGCAGGGCACCACCUUGUUAGGUUGCAUCAAGGAACAGGCAGCAAAGUCAGAGAAUCACAAAUUGAACCCAGACGAGAUGGAGAACCAGACCACUGUUGAGAGGCUCCUUGCCCAGCUGGAUGAGACGGAGAAUGCCUUUGAACAGUUCUGGUGUAAACACCAUCUAAAACUGGAGCAGUGCCUGCAGCUGCGCCACUUUGAACAGGACUUCAGAGAGGUCAAAGUGUCUCUGGACAGUUUGAGGGACAGUUUGACCAGCCUGUCAGUUAUUGAGGAUUGUCUGGCCAGAGUUGAACACCUGCUAAAAGAACUGAAAUCAUUGGAGGAGAAGGCUCAGCCGACACUAGAAAAGGCCCAGCUCCAUGCGCUGCACGGUGACCAGCUGAUCCAGAGCAACCACUACGCCGUGGACUCCAUUCGACCCAAAUGUGUAGAGCUGCGGCGGGUCUGCGAUGACUUCAGCAAUGAAGCCAAGAAAAAGACGGAUGUCUUGUCCAAAAGCUUGCAGAUACACAUGGGCAUUGAAAAGGUAAACCAGUGGUGUGAGUCGGGCAUCUACCUGCUAGCCUCCCAGGCUGUGGAUAAGUGUCAGUCACAGGAUGGGGCAGAGUCAGCGCUAGCCGACAUCGAAGGCUUCCUGCUGUCAGCGGAAAAGAACCAGCUGACUGAACUGAGGAACCUCCAUAACCAGUAUGAGGUUGUGCUGUCUGAGGAUAUCAAGACCAGUGUCCUGAAAGCACUGAAGCGUCUGGAGGAUGUCCAAGAAAUGUUUGAGAAGCGGCAAAUAAGCCUGAAGAGACUGUCGGCUAAACAGACGAGGCCCGUCCAGCCCGUGGCCCCGCGGCCUGAGUCAUCUCCCAAACGGCCCUCAAUGAAGAACCCCACCAGGCCUACAGGGAACCAGCAGCCCCUGGCUCGCAGAGCUUCUGAUAACUCCAACAGUGGCAAGCAGCCAGCCGAAGCUGAUCCGAACAAGAAGAAGAACAUACGCAGGGCCAAGGGGGGCAUCAAGAUUGAGGUGAUGCAUGAGGAAAGCCAAGGAGGUUCCACCCAUGUCGUUUUAACAAAUGAGACAGAGGAGAGUUUGUCCAACAGACGCAGACACAUCAUGACGGAGCUGAUUGAAACAGAGAGGCUAUAUGUGGAGGAACUGCAAAGCAUCAUGGAGGGUUAUUUUGCAGAGCUGGAUAACUCCGAGCUCAGCCAUCUCACCCCCCCCUCCCUGGAGAACAAAAGAGAUGUGCUGUUUGGCAACCUGCCAGAGAUAUAUGAAUUUCACAACAGGACAUUUCUGAAAGAGCUGGAGAACAGCAUAGAGAAACCAGAGCUGGUGGGAACUUGCUUUCUGAAAAGGAAAGAGGAGCUCCAGGUGUAUCAGAAGUACUGUCAGAACAAACCCCGCUCUGAAGUCCUCUGGAGACAGUGUGGAGACAGUCUAUUCUUUCAGGAAUGCCAAAAGAAACUGGACCACAAACUCUCCCUGGAUGCCUACCUGCUGAAGCCUGUCCAGAGGAUCACCAAAUACCAACUCAUGCUCAAGGAGAUGUUAAAAUGCAGUAAAAGUGAGGGCAUGGCUGAGCUGGAGGAGGCUUUAGCGACCAUGCUGGACAUCAUCAAGUCUGUCAACGACUCCAUGCACCAGAUAGCCAUCACUGGUUUUGAGGGAAACCUGAGUGAGUUGGGGAAGCUGCUGAUGCAGGGAUCUUUUAAUGUGUGGACUGACCACAAGAAAGGCCACAGCAAGGUGAAGGACCUGGCCAGGUUUAAGCCCAUGCAGAGGCACCUCUUCCUGUAUGACAAGAUGCUGCUGUUUUGUAAGAAGCGAGAGGAGACCACCGAUGGACACGAGAAGACCCCAUCCUACAGCUUCAAACACAAACUUAAGAUGAGCGCUGUGGGCAUCACAGAGAACGUCAAAGGAGACAGCAAGAAGUUUGAGGUGUGGUACAACGGCAGAGAGGAGGUUUACAUCAUCCAGGCUCCUUCCAUGGAUGUUAAAAAUAUGUGGGUGUCAGAGAUUCGCAAAGUUCUCACAGGCCAGCUGGAGGCAUGCAGAGAGGCCAGCCAGCUCAACAUCUAUGGAGCCCCUAUGAGGAAUGUGCGGAAGCUGGCGCUGAGACAGUCUGAUUCAUCGAGUCCAGAGUCAGGCUUCAGGAGGAGCAACCCCAGCCCCAACAUGAGACAGAAGAGAGUUGAUGCUUCCGCCAGCCAAUCAGGCAACUCGGUUGCUAACGCUAGGAAACGCUUCACAUUGCAGGGACUUUCCAACAGGAGGUCUCUCCCAUCAGACCCUGCUGUUAAAGAGGCGGAGGUCCCCCGCCGCUUCUCUCUCACCUCCUCUCUUGCCUCCUCCACUUCCUCCUCCUUCGCCACGCGACGCACAAAAGGUCCCCUCUCCUCUAGCUUAAAGAGCAAGAGACACGAGAUAAGGAGCGAUCCCACUCCAUUUGGUUAUGAAGAUACUUUGCGUGGUGCAAUGGCUGCAGCCAGGAAACGUCAGAGCAUGACUAGCAACACUGCCCCGGCUGCUGGCACCACCUCAGCUGUCCCUAGAUCCACCUCCCAACCAGGCUGGACACAGCGGCGUCUCCCUUCCAUGGACACAGAGGACUUUGAGACGAUCCCCUCAAGUGCAGAGGAAUCCUCCAACUCUUCAGAAGAGGAUGGCAACCAUAAAAAUAGUGACAGCAGUCGUUUGCGGGUGCAGUUGACUUAUGAGUCUAAUGAAGCACGGGACGUUCCUCUGGAGACCGCUGACCUGGUCCAGUUUCUGGAGGAAGCGGAGAACGGACACUGGCUAGUGAAGAACCUUUUAACAGAGGAGACAGUGCUGGCUCCAUCCAGUACACUGCACACAGCACCUGAACGAGAUAUCUUCAGUGAACUGUGUACAGCAGCUCUCUCCGAGUCAGACGAAAAUGAAGCCAGUGAAUGGGGAAGUGUGUCUCAGGACAGCAGCUAAACAUGGCUGACUAUGUUGUUCAUUACACUGGAUGACAAGCAUUUUGUUGUAUCGCAAACAUGACUGAUAACCCUAUAACUAUAGUUUUUAAACUGUAAUUUCUUAAGCUGGACUUGAAAUAUCAAUGACUAUGAGUUUUUUUUUUACAUGUAGUUCUAAUAAUCUACAAAUAUGGCCUGUUGUUGUUUUUAAACCAACAUUUUUCAAGCUUCUAAGUGAAGUCUUCAAAAAGCUGGAACCUUAACAGGCCUGAAUGUGACCACGGGGAAGCCAUACAAGUAUUUGAACUCAACCAGCUGUCGUUCCUGGGGCCUAAAGACUGACGGACGUGGACAGUGACAUUUACAUCCAAGUGUGGAUGAAUUCAGAUUAAAUACUGUAGAAAAUGCAGUGGCUGGGCUGGAUACCUGAAGUGUCAGAUCCCAUUUUUGACUUUUAUGACCACAGGAAAACAUGAUCACCUCCAUGUGCUGAUUGUGAGCAGGCCUUGGCAUGAUGCCCUGUUUUGCUGCUACACUGCGCUGAUGCAAAUCUCUUAGAGACCAGGUUCUGCCUCUGCUGCCUCGCUUUAUCUGCUUCAUCUGCUCCAGGUUGAAAUUACAGACCCUCCACAGCAGCUGCAGUCUCCAGAAGAAACUACAAGUUGUCCUGCUUGCCUUUCUUCACCCUAGUAGACAAUGCCAUUAAAUGACAUCAGAUGAUGUAUAUUAUCUCUGCGCUUGAAGUUGAAGUUGAAAGAUAUCACCAUUUUAUAUAGGCAUUUACAACCCAGAUAUUCUUCUUGGUUAACUAUGUCUGGACAAAACCUGUAUUAUAUCCUGUUAGUUUAUUUUUAGACAUUCUUGGUCAAAAACUGUCUUAUAAUGUUGACAAUGCUACCAUGUUAGCAUGUACUUUACUGUAAGGCAUCAAGCAGAUAUGGGGUUACAUUGGAAAUCAGUUGGUUCUGGCAACCUGACAAAUGUAAGUCACAUGUUAACUUUCUUGCUGUGUUUUAGUCUAUACACAGCUGUUGAAAAAUAAAACUGUAUGCAUUUUCUGUGUAGAGCUAUAGACUAGUCCCUAACUUUGUUUAUCUGCCUUCUGGUGCCAAGCAAGGUACUGUGAUGCUUGUGGACAGCUUGCCCAAAGCAUUAAGAGACAAGGUUGGCGAGAGCGGAAGCACCAAAACAACCAAAACAAUGAGCUAAAAUAGGCUAUAAUCAUACACAGUCAUUUAACUCAGUGUUAAGUAAAAUGUAUUGAUUGGUGCAGCUUGAUACAGUUUGUCAAAGGUGCAUCAAUUGAAAAGAAUGAGAGCUAAAUUACUCUGUAGCAGAAAUAAAUCAGUCAUAAUGCGUUUUCCAGUUUAUCUUUACACAAAUAUGGUGAAUCACAGACGGAAGACGCCAAAUGGCUUUUGAUGAAUCAAUCGUUACUUAAGCACAUAAAUUCCACAGAUAGAUGGGGUGCUGUUUAAAUCAUGUGUCAGGAAACAGAUUUAUUUCUGACAUGUUAUUCUGCUUGGACUCAUCUGCACAUAAUGGGCUUUUCACUUGCAAGGUAUUUUAGGACAUACUCUGCUGUAUGUUGUGAGAAACACCUGGAAAUGUUCGGCUCUUGCCUCCGAGUGAUUUUUCAGGGAAAGCAGAUGAAAAUAGCACUGCACACUGAAUGCCAGGAGGGUAUUAUAGUAAAUGUGUAAAUAUCAAUUUGUACAACUGCUGUAUCACUCUCAGAGGCUUUACAAUAUUGUAUUUCUACUGACAGACAGAAUUCUGUGGACUAUUCACUGAGAAAUCUAAAAACAGCACCACUGUAUUCACAAACAGAUGAAGCCCGACAUGAAGGGGCCUGAAGGUUUCAUAUGUGUAAAUGUGUAAAUGGCAUCUUUGAUGUGUAAGUUAUUAGAAAAAAAAGAAAGAACAAACUGAAAGGAUGUAAAAAAGGGUAAAUAUUCACCUAGUGAUUGAAUACAUGUCAGAAUGUAAGACGAAGUUACUAUGGAAGAAAGUUAGAGUAAAGUAUUUUAAGACAAGUCUGAGUUUAAUUACCCUGACCAUUACAAGCAAUUAAAGAUGGAUAGAUGGAUGGAUGGAUUUGUAGAUGGAUGAAUGGAUGCAUCGAUGUUGCAACUGCUGAGUGGGUUUAUGGAUUGAUGGUUGGGUGGAUCAACAGAAAGACGGAAAUGUAAAGAUGUUAAAAUUCACUGGUUACCAGAGGGCAGAAGUCUUUUCAUACACAUUAAUAUUAGUCUGGUUGUAAAGUCACACUCUCUUGAAAAUGCUGUAUAUUAUCCUCAUCCUGCAUUUAUUAAAAAAAUGUUGUAUCUUUGUAAAGAAAAUAUUUCAGUUGAACUGCAUCCUGCAAUUUAAUUGCCAUUUAACAAAACUAUAGAAUGUAUCAAAUCUGUAUAUUGUAUCUGUCAUUGUAAUGUACAUAUUGCUUCAUUGUGAUAAUAUGCAUUGACAAUAUGAAGUUUGUCACUGUGUUUUUUUGUGUGUAUAAACUCCUUAUAUUCUCCCAAGCUUAUACAUUUAAGAAUUGAUACAGAAGUGCUCGGUGUAGCACCUAAAAUUGAGACCACUAUUCUACAUUGGAAAGGAAAGUUCCUGUCACAGACAGACCACCUACAAUCAGAUACCAUCCUUUGCCUCACUAUCCAAUAGUCAGACGAGCAAAUAAUUAACAAAAACAAAGGUAGGUUUCAGAUCAUGAAAAGAGAAACAUCACAAAAGUACUGUGUGAAAGCGUUUUCCUUUUCAUAAUCUUCAAACAUUUCUGCUGUUAUUUCUCUGCUUGCACUGGAGGAACAGCACCCCCCUCAAUAACAGUGCCAUAUAGAAAUGAUAAAAGUUGGACCUGGUCUUUUGGAUUUACUAACACCAGCCCAGGCUGCUCUCAGUGAUUGCUUUGUUUGUUUGUGGACUCAAAGCACCUUAUAUAGCUUAUCCAGACCCCAGCAGGUAUCAUGGAUAAACACGUUAAUAUUGUGUGGAAUAUCUGAAUCAUGUAUACAUUUUAUGUCACAAUCACAAGCACAAGAACAAAGAGAACAUAAACCACCAUUAAACAUAUUUAAUCGAUGUUAAAGAUGACAGUUUUGUUCAAAACCCUAAGUAUGUUGAUGACUGUAUUAUACCCAAGCAGUUCAUACACACUUUUUAGCAUUGCAUUGAAGUAACUGGUUACAGCUACUAAGUACUGCAGUAGCUUAGCGACUACAUAAAGAGUGUUGAGGGAACAUGGACAAAUGGAAUAAA